AUGAACAACCGCCCGCCACCUCACCGGACGCCCUCGCCGGGCCAUCCUCUCCAGCAUGGCUAUCAGUUGGACGAUGCGCCGUACGGCAGGCCUGGGCCGAACAGUGCCAGCAACCUUGAUAUACCAAUGGGCCCCGGGAGACAUACGCCUAGCGACCAGCUUCAACUUCACACGGCACAUUCGAUGGCGAACAUGAGCGAACCAGGCUAUCAGCAGCAGCCGGGUGGCUACAGGGAAGAGUACUCGGUCAAUCCCGAGCAGCAUCAUGAUGCAUACUACAACCCCACAUAUACUCCUACGCCAAACGAUGCUCAUACCCCGUACGGCGAACCGGGUUAUGAGCAUGAUGGCCGGCCACUUCUCCCACAGCAGGAUUCGUAUGGCCAGUACUCAGACAAUCCUCAACAACAACAACAGCAGCAGCAGGGUGGGCUGAAAAGAUGGAAGACGGUCAAGCGAGUUCCGCUCUACAUGGGCAACUUGGUGCUGGACUGCCCUGUGCCCCCAAAGCUCCUCAAUCAGUUUCCUCACGGAGAGCGCGACGAGUUUACGCACAUGCGCUAUUCCGCAGCCACUUGCGACCCCAACGAUUUCUAUGAUGAGAAGUUCACCCUCCGUCAAAGGUUAUUCAGCAAACCGCGUGAGACAGAAUUGUUUAUUGUGGUCACCAUGUACAACGAAGACGAGGUUCUUUUCGCCAGGACAAUGAUCGGUGUUUUCAAGAACAUCGAGUACAUGUGCAAACGGCCUGAGAGCAAAACGUGGGGAAAGGAGGCAUGGAAGAAGAUCGUCGUCUGCAUCGUUAGCGAUGGUCGUGCCAAGAUAAAUCCCAGGACCAGGGCUCUACUAGCCGGUUUGGGUGUGUACCAAGAGGGUAUUGCCAGGCAGAACGUCGACGACAAGCCUACAACGGCGCAUAUUUACGAAUACACCACUCAAAUCGGCAUGUCUCUGAAGAACGACGUGGUUCAGCUGUUGCCACGCCAGCAGCCUGUGCAGCUUCUGUUCUGCCUCAAAGAGAACAACCAGAAGAAGAUCAACUCUCACAGGUGGUUCUUCUCGGCAUUUGGUCGCGUUCUGAACCCAAAUAUCUGUGUACUUCUCGACGCCGGAACCAAGCCAGGCGGCAACUCCAUUUAUCACCUGUGGAAAGCUUUCGAUCUCGAGCCCAUGUGCGCGGGAGCCUGUGGCGAAAUCAAAGCUAUGUUGGGUACGGGCGGCAAAAACUUGUUCAACCCCUUGGUUGCAGCACAAAAUUUCGAGUACAAGAUGAGCAACAUCCUUGACAAGCCCCUAGAGUCUGCCUUUGGAUUCAUCUCAGUCUUACCCGGUGCCUUUUCUGCCUAUCGCUAUAUUGCUCUGCAGAAUGACAAGAACGGCCAGGGUCCAUUGGAGAAGUACUUUGCUGGUGAGAAGCUCCACGGUGCUGGUGCAGGAAUCUUCACGGCAAACAUGUACCUUGCCGAGGAUCGAAUUCUUUGUUUCGAGCUUGUCACGAAACGCAACUGCCAUUGGAUUCUCCAAUAUGUCAAGUCGGCAACUGGCGAGACGGACGUGCCAGACACGGCCACUGAGUUGAUUCUCCAGCGGCGUCGUUGGUUGAAUGGCUCCUUCUUUGCCGCCAUUUACGCCAUCGCCCACUUCUAUCAGUUCUUCCGCUCCGACCACUCAUUCUUCCGAAAGAUAGCCUUCUUUAUCGAGUUCACAUUCAAUACGGUCAAUAUGAUUUUCGCUUGGUUCGCUAUUGGCAACUUCUUCCUGGUUUUCAAGAUCCUUACUACUAGUCUGGGCGACGAAAGCUUGCUAGGGACCACGGGUAAGAUCCUGAGCGUCUGUUUUGAAUGGCUUUACGGCGUAUCCUUGAUUACCUGUUUCGUCUUGGCCAUGGGAAACCGUCCUGCGGGAUCAGGGCCGUACUACUUGGCAAUGAUUUACUUCUGGGCCAUCAUUUUCUGGUACGUCUAUCUUGCCGUAGAAGCUCUUCACCUAUCCGUGUUCGAGGCUAACAUGAACUCCCCCCUCUGCAGCUACCUUCUCUUUGCUGCCGUAUUUAUUUCCGUCAAGGCGAUCAUGGCGGAUGCUCAGCGUGGUCUCUCAGUUGCUGAGCUUCUCAAGGACCAGGUCGUGGUGACUCUGAUUCUGUCCAUCAUGUCUACGUACGGCAUUUGGCUGAUUGCCUCGCUCCUUAUGUUUGACCCAUGGCACAUGCUUACUUCGCUGGUGCAGUACAUGCUACUCUCACCGACGUUUACUAAUGUGCUCAACGUUUACGCCUUUUGCAACACCCAUGAUAUCUCCUGGGGUACUAAAGGUGACGACAAACCAGACAAGCUACCCUCAGUCAGCACCAAGGACGGAACAGGAAAAGCCGACUUGCCCGAUGAGGCGGAUCUUAACACCAUGUACGAGCGCGAACUUGCUGUGUUUGCACAGAAACAUCGUGAGGAAAAGAAGGCACCCACUGCCUCACAGCUUGAGGAGAAGCAGUUGGACUACUACCGAGGUGUUCGUACAGUUGUCGUGCUUCUCUGGAUGGUGACAAACUUUGGCUUGGCCGCCGUUGUUCUGUCGACGGCCGGUUUGGACAAGAUCACACCCAACACCAACACGGAAACCAAGCAACAGCGUGCAACUAUCUACAUGGCCGUUGUGCUGUACAGUGUGGCCGCCUUGUCCGGAUUCAAGUUUAUCGGAGCCAUGUGGUUCUUGGUUGUUCGCAUGUUUAGGGGUGUUUAA